UUAGUGUCUGUGUGCGUGUCUUAGUGUCUGUGUGCGUGUCGUUGUGUAUUUGCGCGUGACCGCGCGUGUCUCUCCACGCGUGUCUCUGUACAGCUGUCUGUCCGUACAGCUGUCUGUCCGUGCAUCUCCCUGUCCGUACAGCUGUCUGUCCGUACAGUUGUCUGUCUGUACAGUUGUCUGUCCGUGCGGCUGUCUGUCCGUGCGGCUGUCUGUCCGUGCGGCUGUCUGUCCGUGCGGCUGUCUGUCCGUACAUCCGCGAGUGUUGCUGUUCUGCGCGCGCGUGCGUGCGUGCGUUUGUGCGCGCGCGCGCUUCGUGUGCGCGCGCCUCCAAAUGAAUUCAACAUAAAACCUACAACGCAACAACAACAGCAGCACCACCACCACCAACACCGCCAAACAAACAAAAACCGUCACUCGCGACUGACGCGUACCAGAGGGGGACGAUAGAACCGUCCACCAUGACCCCGCUCUCCGGGUCCGGGACUCCAACCCAGAGCCAGGAGCUGACCACCGCCUACGCCCUGCACCUCUCGCCCGAAGAGAUCGUCAUCGAUGUGGUCGGUGACAGCGACGACGCUCGUGGGAUUGACGACGAUGAUGAUGAUGAUGGCGGUGGUGGCGAUGAUGAUGAUGAUGAAGACGGUGGCGGUGGUGGUUGCGGUAGUGGCGGUGGUCUUGUGGACCGCACUCAUCGCGACAGCAACAACAACAACCACCAUCCCCUCGUCGUCGUCAAAACCUCGGGUGGCGCCCAGCAGAUGUCUCGUGCGACAGACCACCACCAGCACCAGCACCACCAGCACCACCACCAGCACCACCAGCACCACCGCCACCACCAUCACCACCAACACGGAGACUCGGACCAAAAGCCGGACCUGGAUGUCAACCGUGACGGGUGUAACUCAGCUGGCCGCGGGGACGACGACGUCGAUGCACCCACCGACAGCGACCCACCGCAGAGCGCUGGCCACGCGAGUAGCGGCGGUGGUGGUGGUAGCGGUGGUGGUGGCGGUGGUGGUGGUGGUAGCGGUGGCGGUGGUGGCGGCGGUGGCUCGACGGGCGGCAAGAGCAGCGCCCUGGUCAAGCCUCCCUACUCGUACAUCGCCCUCAUCACCAUGGCCAUCCUGCAGAGCCCACAGAAGCGACUCACGCUGAGCGGCAUCUGCGACUUCAUCAGCGCCCGCUUCCCCUACUACCGCGAGAAGUUCCCCGCGUGGCAGAACUCGAUCCGCCACAAUCUCUCGCUCAACGACUGCUUCGUGAAGAUCCCGCGCGAGCCGGGCAACCCUGGCAAGGGCAACUACUGGACUCUCGACCCUGCCUCCGAGGACAUGUUCGACAACGGCUCGUUCCUCCGCCGUCGCAAGCGAUUCAAGAGGCCCAUGACCGCCGACCAGCACGCCGCCGCCGCCGCCGCCGCCUUCAUGAUGCACGGGUUGACCCCCUACGGCGUCUCGACGUCCUACUGCGUGCGCUCGGCGGGCUACGGCUUCCCCGCGCACGGAUACGCGUUGCACUCCGCGGCCGCCGCUCUGCAGCAUCACCAUCAGCAGCAGCAGCAGCAGCAGCUGGUGCAUCAUCAUCAGCAGCAGCAUCAGCAGCAUCAGCAGCAGCAGCAUCAUCAUCAGCAGCAGUAUCCGUACGUGCCUCCGUGUCUGACGCCGGUGCUGCCUCACGGUGUACCGCUGCUGUCAUCGAUGCAUGAACAUUUGCAGGGAACGGCGAGAAAGGUGUUCGGCGCUGGGAUCGUUCAGAUGCACGCGGCCGUGAACGCGCAGUCUUCCCUGCCGCUGGCGCAGCAGCAUCAUCAUCAGCAGCAGCAGCAUCAGCAGCAUCAUCAGCAUCAGCAGCAGCAGCCAUCCACGCCACCUCCAUCACCGAAGUACGUUUUGUGUAAAGCGGUGGACAAAGACACCGCCGCUUCCAACAACAUUAUCACCGCCACCACCAACACUAACACCACCACCAACAACAACAACAUCAUCUCCACCACCACCACCACGACACCGCCAGGAUCGACCACCACGAACCGCAACCCCUUCAGCAUCGAGAGCAUCAUCGGCAUCGCUGCGGAGAAAGGAGACGCAGCCGGCAAGACGAGCGGACACGGGGCACUCCUGGGGGCCUGCGGCGGCGUAGGAGGCAUCGGGGGUCCCGGGGCCACGUUCCUUCCUCACGGGGGGGCCUCUUUCCGCGGGGCCCCCUCGCUGCCCAUGGGCGCGAGGCCUGGACCUGGCUUCUCGUUCACGCGUGCGGGGUUCGGCCUCUCCCCGACGCUCCACGUGCUCUCGGCGCCCUUCGUGCAGAGCGCCACGCACCCGGUCUCGAAGUGGCUCUCCCCGUGACUGCACCUCACCUCCUCCCCCC